AAUGUAAUGAUCAAUCAGGACAUCAAAGUCGCGCGUUUCACGAGUUGCAUGACAUUGCAUGUUCAGAUAUACAUAAGUGUCCCGUUAAUCAUUAAUUUCUGGUUUGGGCUGUAUAUAUUUGACUUCGCGGAAUUUGACAAGUUAUUGAAGAAGCUCUAUUCUGACAUACCGACUGAAGGUUUCUGCUUUUUUAUUUAUUUAUUUAUUUGGAAUGAUCGGAUCCUCUUUGAACAGUCUGCGGCUGGCUGUGGCGUUCCCUCUUCUGUUCCUGGCCCCGGUGGAACUGGUGGCUGAGCCCAUCCGCUGCGCUCCCUGUACUCUCGAAAAGCUGCUAAACUGUCCGGCCGUGCCCGCAGGUUGCGAAGAGGUGAUUAGGGAGGCGGGCUGCGGCUGCUGUUCUACUUGCGCCCUGCGCAAAGGCGACCUAUGCGGUGUGUACACGGCACGUUGUGGUGCCGGCCUGCGCUGCUACCCACGAGAGACGGACCCUAAUCCUCUCCAGUCACUGACGCGAGGGCUGGCCAUUUGCAUGGAAGAGUCCGAAGUGGCAAGAAUUCAGUCGUCGAGGAACACAGAGCAAUCUGAACUGCCUGGAAAUGAGAAUACAGAAGACAUUCCAGUAUCCUUAGACCAGCAUUCAGUCCACUAUGAAACAAUGGGUCACGUGACACAUGACCAACUCCAGGAUCCUAACAAUGUGGCCGAAUUGCAAGACAACAUGAAGACUAAGCUCAGUACAAUAAGAAGAAAGCCCACUGAGAUGGCACCUUGUCGGAUUGAGCUGAAAAAAGCACUUGAGAAAAUAUCUAGGUCUCAGAAAACUGGUGAAAGAGUCAACUGGUUCCACCUUCCUAAUUGUGAGAGACAUGGAUUUUAUCAUACAAAACAGUGUGAAACCUCAUUGGAUGGCCAGCGUGGAAAAUGCUGGUGUGUCUUCCCAUGGAACGGGAAAAGAAUUCCUGGAUCUCCUGAAGUUCGUAGUGACCCAGAAUGUCAGCAGUACCUGGAUUUGCAAGAAUAAGAUUUUAAGAUUGUUUUCCCCUUUUGUCUCUUUCUUGUGAAAUAGUUUGUGCAGUUUGUUCUUCAGAAAUUUUAUUUAUGCAGUGAUGAUGUUUUUGCAUUAUAUUUAACAUUUUCCUAAUAAGGUUUAUAUUAUAUACUAUAUUUCAAUGCUGUUGUUUGAGAUGCUUUAUUCAAUUUUGUAUUUUACAUUUCAAAAGAAAGGAGAGUCUUUCUUUUUUACAGUACAGUAUAUGUGAAAGCCUCUUUCUUUAUCGUUAACCACAGUUCCCCUUCCCCUACAGUUCAUGCCCCUAGCCAUCUGAAGAUAUUUAGUGCUAGGGUCAACCAUCUGCCUCCAUUUGUUCUGUAGGGAUGUAAACAUCCAUUGAUGAAGAACAUCCUCCAGUUUUGAACAUAUAAAUAAGAACAGAUAGACCAGAAAAAUGACUGAAACUUGAAGUACUGCUUCAACUUGUAGAAUGACCAUGUUGGAACAGCCAUCCAUUGUCAAACUUUAAUCCUGUUCAGGGUAAAGGGGAACAUCUAUUUACAGCAUAUUGUAAUCUCACGCUCUUCAUUAUGUCGAGCCUAUCCGGCAGCAUCUGGUGCACUGAAGAAACCAUCCUUAGGUUAGGUACCAGUUUGCCACAGGACACUUUCAUGCAGACGUCCUUAAUCCUUGACGAUGGUCCAGGUUAAAGCUAAAAUCAAGUUACCAUACAAUUAAGUAAUCAGGAAAGGGACUGAGCUCACAUUACUGCUGUUAUGAGGAAACACUGCUAACCACUGCACCACAUAGCAAGCAAAUCAAGAAAGAUGUAGUAUAAAAAUUAUAUUAAACAUGAUAUCUUUGACGACUCAUAAUGCACAUUCAACUCUUCAGUACUUACAGUAUCUUUAGUGGAACCUUUAAAGUUACCUUCAUAACUAUAUUUCUAUAUGUAUUCAGAGACAGGGAGGGAGAAAGAUAGUGAGGUUAACACAUGUUAAGUCACUGGAAAUUACUUCACUGUUUUGUACUCUUUAAAUAUUUAUGCAAUAGCAUUUUCAUAUGAAGUUAUUUAUUUUUCUUGUCAUCAGCUGUUAAGUUAAUGUAAAUAAAACGUUUUAUCUUUGAUGUUUCAUAUACAUGCACAACAUUUCUUAUCAUGAAACUAACCUUACACUAACGUUCAUUGGAAAAACAGUUUCAAAAGUGAAACAUUACUAAAAAAAUACAUAUAAAUAUUGUUGAAGUAGGAAGAAUUCUCAUAGUUUUUUUUUGGUCACAGUAAAUAGUUGCAUAAUGUUUUUAGAACAAAAAUAGAAAAAAAACCCACAUGGGUACAUGUGUUAUUGGACAACAUUUUUAUAAAGCACUCAUCAGAGAGUUCUUCCAGAAAUAUGUAAAAGCAUAUUUACAUGUUUAAAGUGAAAAAAGGUUUACACUCUGUUUUACUAUUGAGAAAAUUGUGAAUCUUACAAGACAUAUAUUUAU